AAUAUUUUGCAGUUGCCUUAUAAAGAUUGUUUGUCCUGUGUUCACAUGGUGCUUCUUGUAUUUCUUGGAAGGAGAGUAGCGUAGUUUUUUCAUUUUUUUCCUGUCAGAAAUGCAUUUAAUUUUCUUAUUCUUUGUCCUAACCCUUGCAAAUAAGCUUCUUGAAAAAUCUUGCCCUGCUGCUGGGCUGUUGCAUGCCUUUCUACACUCAUCCACCCCCAAAAGCAGAUGGAUCAUCGUAAUACUGAUAACAAAAAUAUGGGUCUCGUAGCUCUGCAUGUGGGUUCUUUUUAAAGGGUCCUUGAAUAGAGUUUUAUCUCUAUUCGGUCCACUUGCUGAUAUUAAAAUGUCACAAUAAAUGAUGUCUUUAUCGCUAAGGUUUUGCUCACAGCUGCCUGGCAGUUUCCUGUCUGCCCACAAGACGGCAUGGUAAACCUUCAGCGGUCUGAAACGUUACAGGAUCAGCCUCUGGGAAGGGGAAGAUCCAGCCAGCUGCUUAUACCACUGCAGGUUACAACCCCAGCGUUUAAUGCACUGUUAGAGUGUGUUUCCUAAGAUGCAGUUUGCUUUAUUUUCAGGCAUUUUGAGAAUGGUCAAGCUGGAUUUUUUGUGGUGCACCAUGUGACUGGCAUUGCUCUGGAGAGCUGUCAGCUGCUUCAGUUAACCGCUUGACACUUGCUGUAGCCGAGUUGAGCAUGUGAAGGUAUGGCCAGUGUGCUUUUUGAUUGCUGUCACCUUUCUUUUCUUUUUUUCAAAGGACCGCAGUCUCCUCCUACUCCUUUAACAUCUGUCCAAGAAAAAACUGGAACCAAGUAUAACUGGGACCCAUCUGUGUACGAGAACGAGCUCCCGGUGAGGUGCCGGAAUAUCAGUGGCGUUCUGUAUAAAAACAGACUCGGCUCAGGAGGCCGUGGUAGGUGCAUUAAGCAAGGGGAUAACUGGUACAGCCCUACCGAAUUCGAAGCGAUGGCAGGACGAGCCAGCAGCAAAGACUGGAAGAGGAGCAUCCGCUAUGCUGGGAGGCCACUGCAGUGCCUUAUUCACGAUGGGAUUUUAAAUCCUCACGCUGCCUCGUGUACUUGUGCUGCCUGUUGCGAUGACAUGACUCUGAGUGGCCCUGUACGACUCUUCGUGCCAUAUAAAAGGCGGAAAAAAGAAAAUGAAAUGCCUGCAACUCCAGUGAAGAAGGAUUGCCCCAAAAACAUCACUCUGCUUCCUGCCACAGCUGCUACUACAUUCACCGUGACUCCUUCUGGACAGAUCACUACCUCUGGUGCUCUGACAUUUGAUCGUGCAUCGACAGUGGAAGCCACAGCAAUUAUCUCGGAAAGUCCGUCCCAGGGUGAUGUUUUCACUGGAGCCGCUGUUCAGGAUACCAACGUCCAGCAGCCCUGCCGGGUCAACCACCCAGAACCUCACUAUCCGAGUUACCAGGACAACUGUCAGAUUUCUCCUUUUCCUGAAGCUGCGCUGCCAACAUCUCAUCCCAAAAUCGUGUUAACCUCACUCCCUGCCCUGGCGGUGCCCCCCACGACCCCCACCAAAGCCAUAUCCCCAUCGGUGGUGAACGGGCUGGAGGUGACGGAGCAGCGGAGCUGGCUGUACUUGGAAGAGAUGGUCAACUCCUUGCUCAACACCGCCCAGCAGUUGAAGACUCUCAUUGAACAGGCCAAACAGGCCAGCUCCUCCUUCCGUGAGGCUGCUGUCACACAAGCGAAAAUUCAAGCUGAUGUGGAGAGGAAAGAGCAAUACCAGAACCAGUUAUUUCAACAAACAGAAGAUGUGGAUGGGAAGACAGAAAUCAUCAUUAAGCAAUCCUGUGUCAACUGCGGUCGUGAGGCAACAAACGAGUGCACGGGGUGCCACAAAGUCAACUACUGCUCCACUUUCUGCCAGCGAAAGGACUGGAAGGACCACCAGCAUAUCUGUGGCCAGUCGGCCGCUGUGACAGUGCAGGCCGACGAGGUGCACGUCACUGACAGCGUGAUGGAGAAAGUCACCGUCUGAGCACACCUACCUCUUCAACCGCUCCCCGGGGCCUGGUGCGGCCGGCUGGAUCGGCAACCCGGUGUGAACGGUCUGUCCUUUACAAACCACACUCUUCUCACUAGCAAACUCAUUUUUGAAAGAUUUUUUUGAUACUGUGACAGCAUUUUGCCGACUCCCGAUCCCUCUUCCAAAACUUUGAAUAAUACACUAGACUGUGAAAACCUCAUCUGGAAAAAAAAACAACCCCCACCUAACUGCAGCCUGGCAGCUGGGAGCCACCUUGGGCUUAAGGAAGCUUUGCCUUGGCCAGCUGGGAACCUCCACCGUGUGGAUUACGGCAAUCUUGUCCUCUCUCUGGAGAUGGAUCCACAGCAGGUGCUGCACUGAGAUUUGCCAGUGUUUCUUCCUCCCUGUGCCUCCCUACCUCCUGUUUGAAAAAAGAAACGAACCUUCAUUUGGUUUAUUUAAUUGCCUUCAGAAAGUCGGUACAAGUUCUGAGUUGGCCAAUGGAAGAACUUUCCCCCGCCCCCCCCGUGUUCCUUCUGUGCUGGGCAAAUGUGGAACACAUGGGAGCCUCUGCACUUGAAUAGAAGUGAAAAAUAACACGUUGUUAAAUAAAAUGUGGUGAAAGC